CUCGCCCGCGGGGCUUUUCGGGACUUGUAGUUUUCCUCUCAGGGAGCAACGGUCUGUUUGGAUUCUCGGCGGAGCGGCGACGCGACCUUCCAUGGCAAGCCGGGAAGGCGCUGCCGCCAGUCCCGAACAAGGCGCCGAAAAGGCCUCGAAGUCCUCGAGUUCAGAUUCUGAUGAGGAAGGAGGAGCUUCUGGCCAGACAGAAAUGGAAUUUUUGCGAAACCUCUUUUCCCGGACUCUGGGCUUCGGCAGCGAGAAGCCCGAGAAGGUGCUGGAGGAACUGACGCUGGAAGGCGUGACCAACUUCAUUCUCACUGAGAAAUGCAAGAAUAUAAUCUGUAUGGUUGGUGCAGGAAUCUCAACCAGUGCGGGGAUCCCCGAUUUCCGCUCACCUGGCACGGGGCUAUAUGCCAAUCUGCAGCAAUACAGUCUACCGUAUCCCGAAGCCAUCUUUGAGAUUGGCUACUUCAAGCAAAACCCAGAACCAUUCUUCGCCUUGGCUCGGGAGCUCUACCCAGGGCAGUUCAAGCCCACAGUCUGUCACUACUUCAUCCGCCUUUUGAAGGAUAAAGGGCUGCUGCUACGCUGCUACACUCAGAACAUCGACACCUUGGAGCGGGUGGCCGGUCUGGAUGCCGAACACUUAGUGGAAGCUCAUGGCACCUUUUAUACCUCCCAUUGCAUCAGCUCAACUUGCAAGGCUUCCUACAGCCUGGAGUGGAUGAAAGAAAAAAUAUUUGCAUCUGUCACCCCCAGGUGUGAAAAAUGUCAGAGCGUAGUGAAGCCAGACAUCGUGUUUUUUGGAGAGAAUCUUCCUCCGCGUUUCUUCUCUCUCAUGCAGUCGGAUUUCCAGAACGCGGACAUGCUUAUUAUCAUGGGUACCUCCCUUCAGGUCCAGCCUUUCGCCUCUCUGGUCAGCAGGGUGCCCACAAACACCCCACGGCUUCUGAUCAAUAAGGAGAAGACUGGAGAGAGUGAUCCUUUCAUGUCCCUGAUGGGCUUAGGCUGCGGGAUGGAUUUUGAUUCGGAGAAGGCAUACAGGGACGUCGCAUGGCUGGGAGACUGUGAUGAGGGCUGCCUGGCUUUGGCAGAGCUGUUGGGAUGGAAGAAAGAGCUGCAGGAACUGGUGAAAAAGGAACACGCUGUCAUUGACGCCCAAUCUGGACAGACUGCGGGUGUCGGGGCAGGCGCUGGUCAGCAACCAGCCAAGAAGCAAGAACAGAACCUGUCUUCGGAGAAAGAAAAGCCAGCUGCAAAGAAAGAAAAAUGAAGAGAUUAGAAAAGAUCGAGGAACGCUAUUUUUCUGAUUAUUAAAAAAACCCACCUCGACACGAACAGGGGAUGCUUGGGGCCUUCUGUCUUCAUUUCCUUAAGGCGAGCUGGCGGGGUGUUCUCUACCUAAUUUGGGGCAAGUCCCUGUCACCCCCAAACUGCUUUGGGGAGGAUAAAUGAAAAGAAGAUUCUUCUGUGAGUCCCUUUGUGCUGCUGGAGAAAAGGCAGGAUGUAAUUUAAACAAGUAAACUAAGCAAAGGGACUUAGCUUAGCCGUCUGGUGCCAAAAAUUUGAGGGGAGGUUUAUAGAGUUCAAUGCAAAGGUGUAAUCCAAAAUAGGUCUCAUCCCAUUUAAGUCAUCUCUGGGGACUUUGGGCCUGAUUGACGCCACUAACAACUGAAAUUAUGAUUGAAUUGAAGUUUUAAUUUAGCAGGAGUAGUAUUUCUGGAAGAUUUCUUUAGAACAGGGAUGCCCAACUUGGCAACUUUAAAACUUGUGGACUUCAACUCCCAGAAUUCCCCAGCAGC